AUGACGGGGGCCCCAGAGAGAUCUUGCUUGGAGACCCAAGAAAUGCCACUGGUCACAUCACUCAAAUGGUUGACGAGCUCAAAAGGAAGGAUGGCUCUGGACAGCAAGCGGAAGGAGCUGCUGUUGGGAACGCUGAAGGAGCUUGGGGAGGACGACUUCGAGGAAUUCAAGUUCUUUUCGGACCUGCCUCAAAGCGUACAAGAAAACCCCCGCCGGGUGAACAUUGCUAACGCGCUGGUGAAGAAGCACGGCGAGAAUACUCUGGAGGAGACCAUCAAAAUUCUGGAAAAGAUUGGUAACAAGAACUUGGCCGAGAAGUUGCGUCGCAACGUGCUGGAAAUAAAAGGCGCCGUCUUCUCCGUCCAUGAUGAUGAUCAUAUUGACAGAUUGAAGGCAGACCUGCAAGAAAAGCUGCAUAGUAUAUACAGCUUUGUUCCCGAAGGCAACACCGAGCACUGGCAGCAGCAGCCUCUGGCCGACGUCUACACGGAGCUGGACGUCACCUACGGGGCCGACGUCAGGCCCGACGAGCGACACGAGGUCCUUCAGAUGGAGACGCGUACCUCCGCGGCCAAGAAGUCUAUCCUGCCGUGCGAUAUUUUCAAAAGCCAUGACGGGCAGCCGCGACCGAUACGCACACUGCUCACCGUUGGCUUCGCGGGAAUCGGGAAAACCUUCCUGGUUCAAAAGUUUGUGUGCGACUGGGCCAGCAGGAAUAAAAACCAGGACGUACACUUCAUAUUUCCCUUCACCUUCCGCGAGUUGAACACUGACGAAGGGAAAAACUUUACGCUGGCCAAGCUCAUCCGAUGCUACGUUUGUGAGAGCAGGCACAUGAGCGAGGAGACUCUGACCAUUAUAUUAGAUGACCUGCACAAGUCCGGGAUACGGGACUACGAAAGCAGCCGGAUCAAGAUCUUGUUUGUUUUGGACGGACUGGACGAGUGCAAGUUCAAAAUGGACUUGAAGAAUGAGAUGAAAGUAGACCUAGACGUGACGGAGGCCUACCCGCUGGAGAUACUCCUGGCGCACGUCAUCAAGAGGAACCUGCUUCCGUGCGCCCGGGUUUGGAUCACUACACGGCCCGCGACGGCCCGCGAUAUCCCUUCCGACCUCAUCGACAGCAGAACCGAGGUGAGAGGAUUCAGUGAUUCCCAAAGGCUGGAGUACUUCAGGAAAAAGUUUCAAAAUGAGGAGCGUGUCGUUGAGCACAUCCGGAAAACUCGCACCAUCUUCAUCUUGUGCCACCUGCCCAUCUUCUGCUGGCUCACCGCCACAGUUCUUCAGGAUCAUUUGGACAAAGGGAAGGACGGAGAGCUGCCCACAACGCUGACAGACAUGUGCUCGGAGUAUGCUUUUAACCAGCUGGACAAGUCCAAGGAGAGACAGGCGACCGAGUACGCCGAUUACGUGAAAGCGCUAGCAAAGCUGGCCUUUCACCACACUAUGAGUAAGCAACAGAUCUUCUACGAGAAGGACCUGGCGGACAGCGGUUUUGAUUACAGACAAGCCGCAAAACACUCCGGAAUAUUCACCGAGGUGUUUAAGGAGGUCCGUCCGCUCAGAAGAAACCAACAGGGCAAGAUGUUUCAGUUCGUCCAUCUGACCAUGCAGGAGUAUAUGGCCGCAUUCCACGUGAUGAUUUGCCUGUUCCACGACAACAAAAACAUACUGGAUGAUUCAGAGCAUGCAUUGGAAUGUGCUCCCCAAGAAGAAGAACAAUCAAAUUUGUUAGAAGAAACAGAAUCAGAAGAUGGAGAAAAAGAAUCAGAAGAAGAAACGGAGGAUGAAUGGGAUUGGAAAAUCACUGAGGUUCACCGGUCAGCUCUGCAGAAAGCCUCGGAGAGUGAAGGAUACCUGGACAUGUUCAUCCGCUUCCUCCUUGGCCUUUCCUUGCCGUGCAACCAGGAACUAGUGGGGGAACUUCUGAAGGCUCCUCAGGACUGCAGGCAAAACAAGUCAAAGACAGUCAAGUUGAUCAAGCAGAGAAUAAAACGGAACACUCCAGAGAAGAACAUCAACUUGUUCUACUGCCUAAACGAGCUGAAGGACGACUCUUUGCUGAAGCAGUUUCAGAUAAAGAAAAAUAGUUCACGAAUAAUUGACUGGGACGACAUGCCAAAUGACAUGUGGUCAGCCUUGGUCUUCUUCUUACUGACAGACGACAAAACCAUGAAGUCCUUUCGCCUGGGGUAUUAUUCCCCAUCGCCUUUGGGGCUCGAGAAGCUGUUGGUGGUGGUCAAGGCUUCUGAAGAAUCAGAUCUAAGAGAGUGUGGCCUGGACAAAGGCAGCUGUCACCUGCUGGCUUCCGUUCUCAGCUCUCCAUCCAACCUGAAGCAUCUGGACCUGUCCGAGAACCAUCUGUCAGACGAAGGGGUGGAGAUCCUCUCGAAAGGACUGGCCAGCCCAAACUGCAUCUUAGAGUCCCUCACUCUAAUCGGUUGUAACCUGGACAAAGGUAGCUGUCACCUGCUGGCUUCCGUCCUCAGCUCUCCAUCCAACCUGAGGCAUCUGAAUCUGAGCUGGAACGAUCUGUCGGACAAAGGGGUGGAGAUCCUCUCAAAAGGACUGGCCAGUCCACGCUGCAAAUUGGAGUCCCUCACUCUAUUCGGUUGUAACCUGGGCAAAGGUAGCUGUCACCUGCUGGCUUCCGUUCUCAUCUCUCCAUCCAACCUGAGGCAUCUGGACCUGAGCUAUAACAUACUGUCAGACGAAGGGGUGGAGAUCCUCUCGAAAGGACUGGCCAGCCCAAACUGCAAAUUAGAGUUUCUCAAUCUAAAUGAUUGUGGCCUGGAAAAAGGCAGCUGUCACCCGCUGGCUUCCGUUCUCAGCUCUCCAUCCAACCUGAGGGAUCUGUGCCUGUCCGAUAACAAAGUGUCGGACGAAGGGGUGGAGAUCCUCUCGAAAGGACUGGCCAGUCAACACUGCAAGUUAGAGUCCCUCAAGCUGGACCAAUGUACAAUCACCAAUAAAGGAUGCGUUUUUUUGGUUGAGGCGCUCAAGUUUAACCCCUCCCAUCUUCAAGUACUGAACCUGAGUUCAAAUGAAAUAGGAGAAGAAGGAAAGCAGGUCUUAUUGGGCGUCAAAAAGGAUCCAAGAUAUCGCCUGGAGACUGUCUGGUUAGAUUAAAACAAUGUUGCUUGUCGCAGUGUUCAGGGUUUGCGCUAGAAUUUUUUGAAGCUGUGGUGGUGGUGGGCUGCAUCAGAUUCAAACAGCGUGCCGUGGUGCAAUUUUUUCAUAAAUGGGAUUUUUUUCUAUUUUAAAACAACAUUUAUUUUUAUCCCAAGAAGAACCACAACCAAGAUAUAUUUGCAAAGUUUGCAUCCUGCCUGCACUUGAUUUUUAAAAGAGUUUGAGGGCUCUUUCAUGAUGGAAAUCAGCAAUAGGUGGUCCAUGUAUAGUCAAUGUGAUGCGUGCUACCAGAUUGUCCCCAGCCGAUUCCUCAGGCCUGUCUUCACCUACAUACAAAAAAGAAAAAAAAAAUUAGAUAUCGGAAAUGACAUGAAAGACACACGCGCAUCUCUAACUUACAUACACAUAAACUGGAUUAGCCAUCAGGACUACAGUGUUUCAAAUCCAUGUUUUCAAAGAUUAGCCAAUUCAAUUUAAAUCAAAACUGAAGUGUCUUUGAGGGAGUUACUUUUCUGAUUGUUAUAAAGUUGCGACGUCGCCUCCUUCUCCUUAGGUGGCGCCAUCCUCGGCAAUUUAUUAAAAAUGUUAACAUUACAUCCGUCCUUCUUGAUUCCACAACAGCUCUUGGGAUAUGUAGUCUUUGGUGGUGCUUUCGGUUUUGAAAAAGGACAAGAAAUGAUGGAAAUAUGGACAUAAACACAUGGUCCAUGCAGCGUUUUAAUACUUAUCCAUGAAUGCAAUAAAAAUCAAAUGACAUUAUCUCCCGUUUUACGUGACUUGAAGUAAAACCUGACGUGGACCUCAACUUACGCACUUUCAAAUGAGACCAUGCAGUUGCACGUGGGUGACGUGACUACAGCCUGACGAAAUCUUUUUUUAAUAUUUUGAGACAAUUUGAUUAUAUACAACAAUUUGGCAAAGCGCAGAUGACAAGAAAUUAGUCUUUUAACCUGCAGUUUAGCCACUCCUGUCAUUAUAGCGCUCUAGCGCCUACAGCUGGGUGGUGACGUCAGCAGAGUAAUGAUUUCAGCUGAUUUAGAACUCCGCCCAUUGAGGGGGAAGCGUUAGAAUGAGGAAAAUGCGACUGAGAGCAGCAAAAUGUCAUCACUGUUUUAAUCUCUCUACUCCAAUAUUUUUUUUACAGGAUAUUCUUUUUAUGUAACUAUUUUCCCCCAAUUGCUAAAUAAAUGGUAUGUUCGUGACAAAUAAGUCUUGUGCCAAAUGGAAUAUGAAAUAUUAAAAAUGUAUUUAUUCAGUACAGCAGGGCUAAACUACUGCAUAAUGGUCAAAACUGCCGACGUCUUAAACCUCCAGAACGGUAUUUUAUGCCACCGGAGUUUGUCCGGCUUUCGUCAUUUCCCUGUCCCGGCUUCGGAGACUGAGCAAAGAGCGUAAAAAAAACAGGAGGCGUGACAGCUAGGCAACAUGCUAAGCCGAGCCAAGCGGCACUUCCAAGUCUCUUUCUCGCCUUUCGAAAACGAAAACUCAAACAAAACUACCCCGGCACGUGUCACACAAGGCAGCGGGGGUGAUUGUCUUCACCGAUCGGCAAGCCACCGACAGCAAGCGAGUUUGGGCUCGUCGUUCUGCUGGGACCCCAGCAGCCAGGCAGUGCUGGUCGCCGGGGGAGCAGAGGGAAUGAACGCAGAAAAUAGCGCAUUCUCAGUGGACAAACUGGCCGACGUCUGCCCGAUGCCAAGCCAAGGAUAGCCUCUAUAGGCGGGCUUGCGAAGAGGACCGAAGGGGGGUGGAAGUCUGGACACAAUCUAGAACCGCAAAUGAGAGCCGGCAACUAUGGUGUGCGACAAGCCGCUGGUUGCUGGCCGAGUGGCCUUCUUGGUGGACGAAGAGCAUUAUCACCCACAAAAUGCAAACCUCCUCCUUAUUAAAACAUGUGCCAUGAUCCCAGUGUUUUACAAAGGUAUCAUUUUCGUAGCACGGGAUUCAAAAAAUUGACUUAAUAUAUCGUUCGCUUCCACACGCAUCCUAGCGGUCCUUUUCAUUCAGAAGCAUGAAAUACCGCAUGAAGUAUGAAAUAAACAUGCUUUUUUGUGUCACGGGCACUUGAAGUUGAAACAAUACAAUUAUGAUGAAUAAAAAUAAUCGUUUCACAAAUCUUAAUACUUACCUUGAUUUAUGUGGGACAGCCAGGGCUUGAACUUUUCCAUUUCUGUCCAUGUUGGCUCCCAGCUAGAUUGCCUGUGUUCACUUUCAUUUCUCCUUCCCUGGACUUAGUUUGUCUUCCUGAGCUGAGUCUCAAGCUGUGAUCUUGCAUCUUUCUGUUUUGGAACACUUUAUUUAUUACCAUUUGGUUAUUUCUACUCCUCAUUUCACUAGACUGUGGCAAAUGCGCUACAAGGACGCGACGAUUCAGGCCAUAGACAUGCCAUAAAGAACUUAGACGUUAUGUCCAAUGUCCAUAUUAAGGUCGUUUUCAAUGGCUCAAAAACCAGAAUUACAUUCAUUAAAUUGAAAGAACUUUAUGUGGAUUUUUUUUUUCAUGAUUUCCAACUCCGCGUAGUCGGCGUUGACGUCAGGCGCAAGUUUACAACAGGAGAACCGAUGUGAUUUUCAAAAUAAAGCGUGUAAAGGAACAAUUUGCAUUUGACGUGCUCUUUCAGAUGACUAAUGGCAAAUACUGCGUAAUUAAUUAGCUACAGUAUAUAUAUAUAUAUCAGGGGUCGCGUUAACCGGAAAUUUUCCGUCGUUGACCGGUUUUUUAAAACGGUGACGGAAAAAACUGAAGUCCGUCAGUCAUUUUGACAGGUGGCAAUUCACACCCCUGACCACAGGGUGGCGAGUUAGCAUAUUAAUUAGCUAUUGUCUCUCUUAAUGCAUGACGUCGUUGGCUAUUCUGUCAGAAUAUUGUAGCGUAACCGGGGUCUGGCGGCGGCACCGUGAUUGACACAUCAACACGAGGUUCUUAUUGGUGCACCCGGUGUGCCAGCGCGUCAUCCAAUUGAUGGACAAGAUUGCCGCUUGUGUAUAGACCCCAGUCACAUGACGUCACAACUCCGCCCCCCUGACCAGAGCCGCCAUAUUGUGUGUCAGCCCGUCAUGUUUAUACAUUACUGCUACGCACAUGCCUCCUAUUACGGCGUGUUUUUCUGCUCGUUAAUAUUAAUAAUCAAAAUGGUGAAGGCGUGUGUGGCGGUUGGUUGCUGUAACAGAGAAGAUAGACGGAGAGACUUGAAGUUCUACCGUAUUCUGAGGGACGCGAAGAUGAGAGCGAGAUGGACUGCUGUAAUUCGACAAGAAAUCUGGGCACCAAACGAUCACCACAGACUAUGUAGUAGUCUUUUUAUAUCUGGUAAGAUGCAUUUAAUAUAUAUUUAGAAGAUUUUGGGCUGACAACCACAAUUAAGAUCAUUGUGUGACGUUGGUGAUUGGGGUCUCUAUCGUUGCCUCCUUUUCUUUGGGGGCGGAGUUGUUGGCGGUAAGCAGAGUAAAAAGGGAGAAAAAUACCACGACUUCCGUGUCUAAUUUUUCGCCGCCAAGCAAGCGUUACAAUAUUAAUUAAAAAUGAAUGAAAACUAAAUACAGUGGUACCUCUACAUACGAAGUUAAUCCGUUCCAGGACCUUGUUUGUAAGUCGAAAUGGUCGUAUGUCGAGCAGGAUUUUCCCAUAGGAAUACAUUAUAAUUCCAUUAAUUCGUUCCACAGCCCAAAAACCUUCACGUUCCACAGCCCAAAAACCUUCACUAAAUCCUUAAAAAAUACUGCUGGUACUAUUACAAAUGGCAAUUACACAUAGCAAAACAAAUAAAUUAUAAAUCAAAAUCGGAAUAAUAAUAAUAAUAAUUCCUGUAUUAAUGUAACGAAUCGGGUUCUAAUGUGGCGGACGUUUUUUGCUGACCCUGAACGCACCGCGGGGCUCACGUGCCAGAGACAGACCGGUGAGCUUGAGUUUCACUUUCACUUUGAAUGUUUUCUUGAGACCACCUCAAUUGCGGCAGACCGAAGGUGUUUUUGUUUUGAAUAAGUUGUGAAAUAAAUGAUAAAAACGUGGCGAAGUUGGCGAUUUCUCUGGAGAUGUUACCACAAAAGGAAUUGUCAGCUUAACUUAUAAAGACUGGCGAACGAUGGUCGGAGGAGGACCGUGGAGAUGUAUUUUUGAGCCAUUUCACGGAUGCCCACCCUACGCUCAUAUUUUUCUGUCAUUUGCAUCUUCAUUUAGAAGGUAAGCGUCAACUUUUUCUUUGUUUCACCACCUGUACCAACCUUUUCUGAAACCCGUGUUGAUUUGUCACACAAGAAAAUCCGCCGUGCAUUCGUCUGCGGUGCUGCCAUUGUCGUCGUAUUUCGAGCAUGUCGUCGGAUGUAGAAACAAAUGGCGAGUCAAAUUUUACGUCGGAUGUCGAAAAGUUCGUGUGUCGAAGCGAUCGUAUGUAGAGGUACCACUGUACUAUUGAAUAUGUCAUCAUUAUCAUUUUAAAAAUUUAAGUGACGGGUAAAAAUAGACUGACCGGAUUUUUAUGACCCUGUCAGUCAAAAUGACAGACAACGAAAAUGUCUAG